UCAAAUCUUCACAUUUGAUGGUCAGCAUUACUCCUUCCCAGGAAGCUGCAAGUACAUAUUGGCUCAAGACAGUGUUGACAAUAAUUUUACUGUCGUCGCACACCUUAACAAUGGCAAGCUUAAAUUUAUUACAUUAACCGAUCGUGACGGUGAUUUCGCUGAAAUUUCAGACUCAGGUGCUUUAAAAAUCAAUGGUAAAGAAACUGAGUUUCCUCAACAUUUUAACGGUAUUCAUGCUUGGCGAUUAUUCUACACCAUCUGGUUAAAUUCGGAAUAUGGUGUUGAAAUUAUGUGCACUCAGGAUUUGAAGAUUUGCAAUGUUAAAGUAGAUGGUUUCUACACAAGCAAAACGCGUGGUCUCCUAGGCAAUGGAAAUGCAGAGCCAUACGACGACUUAAUUCAAGUAGAUGGUACUAUUGCUCAAGACUAUGCUACGCUCGGUAACGACUACGGAAUCGGAAAAUGCGCACCGAUAACUGCAAAACCGGCACAUGCAAUCGCUCGUUCAGAAAUUUGCUCGGAGAUAUUUAGUUUAGAGUCUCCCUUAACGACAGGCUAUAUCUUUGAAAAUCCCGCACCAUAUCGCGCGAGGUGUGAUGCCGCUGUCACUGAGGCUUCCGAAAAGGAAAAAGAAUCCGCUGCAUGUCUAAUAGCUACUGCUUAUGGCUCAGCCUUGAAAUUUAAAGAGAUUCCAACUCAGUUACCAUCUCGUUGCUUGAAAUGCGCUGGUGCUACUGGACAACGUGAAUUAGGCCAGGAGUUCACUGUUAAAAUACCAAACAGUAAGGCCGAUAUUGUUUUCGUUGUCGGACCUUGACAGUUAAUUUGACUGUGCUUCGCAACUUGGUUGCCGUCUGCAAUAUUGGAGGUACUGACUCACUAAAAACACGUGGUUUCAACUGAUUGCAAGAUAGGAGUUAAUUGCUUAUAAUGAGUCUCACUUUAUCCAGCUGUGUUAACUAGUGACGGUGGAAAAAUUAAUUAUCAAGGCAAUUUAGACAAUGUUCGACUUAAUGGCCGCAAAGAACAUUUGCUUUACACUGCGUCUCAAGGAGUGCCGGAUCCCGAAGGUUGUCGACGCAUUGAAUCAGACUUCAGAAGUAUCGUACCACAAUUAGACGAAAAGGCGUUCAGAUUAGCACUCAAUUAUCCAUUCCGUGCUGGAUCUGCAUAGAGUAUUGUUGGGGUCCGUAGCAGUACUUUGGACUUUGUCAAUUUGUUCAAAUUGGUACGAGCUCACUUAACCGAUGCAGCCACAAAUUUUAAUGGGGCUUUGUUACACCUGAUCGGUCCAGUUAAUGACCAAUCUGUGGAACACAUUCCAAAAGAGAAACUAGUCGGUAAGAAAAAUAAACAAUUAGUUAACAAAAGUUUUGUGACUUUACGAAACCACGAUGAAAGUAAAACAUUUUACAAAUUGUAUUGAUACCACGUCUUGAAUCUUAACCUAUAAACUAGUAGUAGACAAGAUACACCAAUAAAAUAAGAGGAAAAAGUAUAUUCUGUCCAUAUCUUAAAUUUUUAAAUUCAAACUUAGGAAAUCAAGGAAUGUAGGUGGGUAGGUAGGUAGAGUGGCUGUCUAACGAUGCACCUAGGACUAUAGGAGGCCCAUUGUGAUACCACCGGGACUAAUGUUCCCUCACUCUAUCGUCUCCUCUCUGAAACAACCUGUGCUCCUGAUGAAGUUCAUCAGAACAAAUAACUUUACAUUAGAAACUUCUGAUACGUCGUCAAGGAAUCCACGACCGAUAGUUGCGAUUUAGUUGCGUGAUUUUGUUCCUGUAUAGAGCUUUACAUUCGCAUAGAAGUGCUUACAGUUCCCCUCUUCUUUUACUCUUGAC